UGGUCUUCCCAGCCCUGUGCCCCAAAGCACCUGGAGCAUAUAGCCUUGCAGAACUUCUCCUUGCCUGCCUCCCUGCCUCUGGCCAUGGCCUGCUGGUGCCUCAGCUUCCUUCUGAUGGGGACCUUCCUGUCAGUCUCCCAGACAGUCCUGGCCCAGCCGGAUGCACUGCUGGUCUUCCCAGGCCAAGUGGCUCAACUCUCCUGCACGCUCAGCCCCCAGCACGUCACCAUCAGGGACUAUGGUGUGUCCUGGUACCAGCAGCGGGCAGGCAGUGCCCCUCGAUAUCUCCUCUACUACCGCUCGGAGGAGGAUCACCACCGGCCUGCUGACAUCCCUGAUCGAUUCUCUGCAGCCAAGGAUGAGGCCCACAAUGCCUGUGUCCUCACCAUCAGUCCCGUGCAGCCUGAAGAUGACGCGGAUUACUACUGCUCUGUUGGCUACGGCUUUGGUCCCUAGGGGUGGGGUGUGAGAGGAGUGCCUCCCCUCUGCCUCCCGUUUCUGCCCCUGACCUUGGGUCCGUUUUUAACUUUCUCUGAGCCUUGCUUCCCCUCUGUAAAAUGGGUUAAUAAUAUUCAACAUGUCAACAACA